CUCGCCGAGGAAGACGACGAGAUAAAGCAUCGCCUUGGUCGGAUCACGAUGGCCCCCGACCAGCAGGAAGAGAGCGGAGCAGAGGCCAUGGACCGCGAAAAAGGCGACUUCGAGGCCAGGGCGGACCGCGACGAUGGCGAUACGAACAAGGGCGGCUCCUCGUUUGAGUCGGAGACGCAGCUGGCCGCACUGACGGACCCGGAUCAGAAGCGGAGGGUCGAGUCGAGCCCAUUCCUGCGUCGGCUCCAUCGCAUCGCCGUGCGGCUCUCCCGCUACAGCAUCGAGGGCGUGGGCAUCCAGCCGCUUGCUCCCCACCAGCGCACCGCCACCCAGUGGUGGAGCCCCGGCCUGAUCUGGUUCAGUGCCAACGUCAACGUGCUCUCCUUCUCCGGUGGCACCCUGGCGCCCCAGCUCGGCAUCGGCAUGGUCACUUCCCAGGUCUCGAUCCUGCUCUUCAGCGCACUUCUCUCGCUGCCCGCUGCGUACUUUUCCACCUUUGGGCCCAAGCUGGGCAUGCGGCAGAUGGUCCAGUCGAGGUACUCGUGGGGUUACUUUCCUGCCUGCCUCGCCUGCCUGCUCAACUGCAUCGGUAUGAUCGGCUUCAUGGUCCUCAACUCCAUCCUCGGUGGCCAGACGCUCUCGGCCGUGCCAAAGGACGACAGCCUGUCGUCUACCGUGGGCAUCGUCAUCAUUGCCGUCAUCUCGCUCCUCGUCUCCUUCUCUGGCAUCAAGAUUCUCCACCUCUUUGAGCGCUGGUUCUGGGCCCCCGUCCUCGUCUGCUUCGUCGUGCUCAUCGGCAUCGCCGGCACUGGCCCACAGGGACUCCACAUACCUGCCGACGAUCCAGCACCUAACGCCAGAGGCAUCCUGGGCAUGGGUGCAGUCGUCGCCGGCUACCUCGUCUCGUGGUCCAGCCUCGCCUCAGAUGUGACCCACUAUAUGCGGCCAGACACUAGCCCAUACAAGAUCUUCUGGGCCGUAUUUCUGGGCCUGUUCCUCAGCACGGCACCCUUUAUGAUGCUCGGCGCAGCCUUUGCCGUCUCCUCGACCGACAACCCGGCCUGGAGCUCGGCACUGGAGACGAGCAACGGUGCCCUCUUUGACGUCAUUCUUUCGGGCCCCGGUGGAGCCGGCAACUUUGGCCGCUUCCUCACCACCCUCCUGGCUCUUUCGGCCAUUGGCAACAUUGCUGCGACGCUCUACUCCUUUGGCAUCUCCCUCCAGACGCUCCUGCCCUUCUUCAACUACGUGCCCCGCUUCAUCUGGCCCGUCGUUGCCGUCGCCAUCACGCUGCCCCUGGCCAUCGUCGGCGCAGACCACUUCUACGUCACCCUGUCCAACUUCGUCUAUGUGCUGGGCUACUGGGCCUCGCUCUUUGUGGCCAUUGUCCUCAUGGAGCACGUCGUCAUUCGCAGGCGCGACUUCAGCCGCUACGACGCCACCGCGUGGUCCGACUGGCGACGCCUGCCACCGGGCAUCGCAGCGCUGGCCGCAGCCAUUCUCAGCCUGGGCCUCGUCAUUCCCUCGAUGGACCAGGCCUGGUUCUCGGGCCCGAUUGCAAAGAAGAGUGGCGACCUCGGAUUCGAGCUUGGCUUUGCAGUCUGUGCGAUUCUCUAUGUGCCACUGCGUCUCAUCGAGAAGCACCUCUGCGGACGAUGACGUUGCCCAUGUCCCACUGUACCACUUGUAACAUCAGAAGCAAAAGCAGCAGCAGCAGCCCACCCAUUGAUAGAUAGACGGACCUGGUGCUCAAAGGGAGCAAUGAGCUAAUCGCGCGUUUGCACUUCCCCUUUUCUUCUCUCUGGAGGGUUGAUCGAGUUGCGUUGGUGUCAGGGUCCAAGACUGCUCAAACAUCAGCCCUUUCCCCCCUUUUGCACCGCCUUCGCGGGGAGGGCGUCGGAUACGGCGGGCUAGUUGGGGUUAUUGAGGACCCUGAAGCUAGUUUUGCACAGCCUUUUUCGCGUAUACCAAAAGUAGGAAUGACUGCCCUGCUUUUUGUCCAGCUAGGAGUAUGUAUGCAGCGUGUACCAGGAUUAUUGAGUAGUAGU